ACCCAAUAUUCUCUAUAUCCUUUAUCCGCUAUUUCUUCACCUUGUAAUUCCGAAAAACAUGGAUCCCUUCAGCAUUACUGUUGGCACCCUUGGCAUUACAGGUUUUGCUCUAUCCAGCAUCGACCACCUCCGUGAUCUGAUUAGUAGCCUCGCUGAUGCUAAAGAAGUGGCCCAAGACAUCGCUUCAAACUUGGAGGCCAUCCAGCGCCCUCUUACCGCCCUAGAGCAACUCACAAUUUCUGACUAUGCGGUAUAUGCCGAAGCCAAAUCCGAUCUGGAAAAUACUAGGGUCGCAGAGGCUGUGAAUCGAUGCGGCCAAGCGCAGCACAAAGAUGCCUUGAAGCGCCAGGAAGAACUUCAAGAGGAACCAGAGGACGAGGAUGAUAACGGCGCACAACAAACUCUUGCAAUAAAAGAAGUUAAAGAGCAAUCACAUCUUCUAGAGAGUGAUUAA